AUGGGCGCAGAGUCAGAGAGCCACGCCGACCCAGCGCUCACCGCGGGCCUGGGUGGUUUUGACGAUGCAGCUCACAAGCGGCAUUGCUCCUUGAAGCACUGCCCUCGGUGCAAAUUCAUUUGCAACCGUGAGAGGUGGCUGAAAUUAUGUCCUUGGUUAGAUACCAAAUUUGACUUUGAGACCAGACUCUGGGGAGUCGGAUGCAAAGUCUGCAACCAACUGCUUGAACAAAAGCCGGAGGUCAUGCAACGGUUCAGCCACCACAGGCACCACUUUGCACAGUAUGCAGUGCGAGACAAGAAUUUGAGCAUGGACCGCUUCAAGAAGCACCAGGAGAGCCCAGCACACCGCACUGCAGCCCAGAUGGGCAGCGAUCCGUCUGCUGGCAUUGGGCUUGAAGAUGGCGACGGCAAUGUGCCUACAAGUGCCGAAUGGCUUGCCGUCCUGAAGCACACCGAGCCUAGCCGCUUGACGCUAGACGUUUCUUGUGCUGGAGAAAAAAAGAAAUGCGCCAUGAUGCGGUACUGCCUUGCUGAAGGGCACAGAGCCCAGCAGCCGGAAUUCCUGGCUGGAGCGUUGUGCAUUUCACUUCAACAGGAUGCCAGAGGAAAUCGGUUCUUGCACCGCUUCAAGGCAACCAAUGAGAAGCUCGAGGUCAUGGAGGGCGUGAUCCAUUUGCAGAAGCAAGUUGGCACCGUUGAUCUGCCAGGGGCUGUUGGCAUUCGACAAGCGAGUGUGAAAGCUUUGGAAGCUUUCUGCACUACUGGUUCACCUCCAAGCUACGGUGGAUUAUUGCCAGGAGCCGGACAGGCGGCAACAUUCCAUGAAAGUUCUUUCCGGAGCAUUGUGCCCAGAAUUGAAGCAAUGGCCGCCGACGCGGCUGCUGACGAGCAACUUGCCCUACGAGAGAUGGCUUCCAUCGGCGGCCCGAGCCCAGUGGAACUGAAGGAUACCUUGAUUCAGACCCUUCCUUCCUUAAAGGUGUUGGCCAAAGACCGUGCGCAUGCAGCGCAACGGUUGCUGUCAAGGCCAUGGAAGGCCGAUCCUUUUCUGAAGGACAUUAUUCUGCAACUGGUUGAGAAGCAGCACAGCGUGGCUCGGUUGAUUGUGAAUAGCCAACAGAUCAAAGAACUCUACAAUGACUUCAGGUCAAAAUCGAAAGAACCUGUGAAGAUCAGCAAAGCUGUCAAAGACUUGGCAUGGGCACCACAGCGAUACUCUAGUGAGGCAAAGGUCCUGGCCAGACUUGUCCUCACGUGGGAUUCUGUGCUUGGCGUUUUGACAGCAGUUCCCACCAUUCGGGGACCAAGGUCUCCUGAGGGGCAGGCUUGCCUGGAAACUCUUCGUUUCUUGGACCCUGAGAAAGUGCUUCAGUUGGGGAUGCUAGCAGACAGCGCGCUUGAAUUGCACCGUGUCGUUAGAUCCUUCGAUGCAGAUGACUUUGACGAAGCCGAGCUGCCUCAGGAGCUGGACCUCUACAGGUCCACCUUGGAAAGACUCUUCAUCGAUGGUUUGUGCCUUCAGGUUCCCGGAAUGACUAAAUUGAUGAUGGGCUACUUGGAGAAGCCGCGGAACCUGCUUGACGAGCACGUUGUGUCAGAGGAAAGCAUCCUCAUCAUCCAACAGGACAUUCUGCGAGGGAAGGCCGCAGAUGAGUUGGACUUGAAGGACAACAUCAUGAGGGCCAAAGCCAUCUGGGCACCGAAAGCGCUGAAAGACGGGGAAGCAGGCUUUCUCCAGGGCCGCGAAAUGGUCACGCAGCAACUUGCUGCGUCGUCCAGCUCCGAUAUUGCCGCUUUGAAGACAGAGAAGACUUCUGCAGCUGAGAUUCUGCAAUACUUUGGUGAAAAACAAAUGAAGGAGAUUGCAUUUUCUGAAGCCAAGAAGAGCAAAGCUUUGGUAGAGCAACUACUCCUGAAGGUGUUGCCGCAAGACCAAACCACGCCAGAACUCACCGCUGCCGCAGAGGAGUACUGCAGGCGGGCCCAGCAAAACCAGAGAGAGAACACCAAUAACCAGAAGCUUGCGCAGAAGCGCGUCAGUCAAAAGGAGGCGCGGUGGUGUCGUCAAGGGACGAUGCGGAUGUUCUCAAAAGUACACAGUACACAUGUCUUUGUUGAAGUUCUUAGCUUAUCCUUGCACCAGGCGGCCUGGACUGAAGAGGCUUUGAUCUAUGGCACAGACCGGGGCGUCCCAAUGACAGCCGCGCGUAUUUUCGUGGCCAACGACCCGAACAACUGUACUUCCCACAUGAAAUUUGUGGGCGGCCUGCUGGGUGGAAUUGUGGCGACGCCGCAGUUUGUGGAGAGCAAGGGCAAAGAUGGCAUUUGCGUUGCAUAUAAGGCUGCCAUCGUCACUGUGAGACGGGUCUUUGUGACACCAUUAUUCAUGGGUAGCCACACUGCAAUCUGCAGAGAUCUGUUGGAGAUUUUGAAAAUAGCAGAAUGUAAAUGGCAGCUUAUGCGCCAAGCUGAGCUGGACCAGUUUGUACAGAAAUUGACUCAGGCCAAGGCGCGCCAGGUUAUCAUGUUCCACG